AUAAGUUCCGGUUCAGUGGUUGUAAAAUAGGAUGGUUUUAGAAGUCACACUGGAGAUACAUGCAUGUCAAUAGAUCUCUUAAGUUAUGUCUCGGCAUGCAGUUCUGUCAUCGGGAGUAAAAACGUGGAGAUCUAUAGCCUGUGAAAAGUCAGAGUUGCGUCUAGAUUUAACUCUUGCUUGUGGGCAAUCCUUCCGUUGGAGAGAGACAUCAGAAGACCACUGGACUGGAGUGAUAGGAGGACGAGUGUGGACUCUAACCCAAACAGAAGAUAAUUUGUGGUACCAUGUUUACCAAAGAAAUGACAGGCACAUGGAUACAGGAGUUGGACCAAAUGAGGAAAACAAGUCACAGAUUAGAUUUAGAGGAGUUGUUAAGAAAGAAGAGGAGGAGGCAGUGGCUGUAACCGUACAGAAUGAUAAAGAGGAAGAGGUAGUGCUGAGAGAUUACUUCCAGCUGAAUGUGAAUCUGAAGGAUCUGUAUAGGAAAUGGGCAGCAGCAGACCCCCACUUCAAGGAAAUCGCAGACAUCUUCACCGGUGUGCGGAUGCUCCGCCAGGACCCGACGGAAUGCCUAUUUUCCUUCAUUUGCACCUCCAACAACCACAUCUCUCGUAUCCAAGGCAUGGUGGAGAGGCUCUGUCAGGCCAGGGGUAGCCUACUCUGUCAACUGGAUCAAACCUCCUACUACAAAUUCCCUUCUCUGUCUGCAUUAGCAGAUGGCAGUGUCAAAGCAUGUCUCAGGGAGCUUGGUUUUGGAUACAGAGCUCGGUUCCUGCAACAAAGUGCAAAGCAGAUUUUGGACAACCAUGGUCCCGAAUGGCUUGAAGGUCUACGCAGUGUGCCAUAUGUGGAGGCCCGUGAUUCCUUGCGUACCCUUCCCGGAGUGGGCACUAAGGUGGCAGAUUGUGUAUGUCUGAUGUCCCUUGAUAAGGCUGAUGCAGUGCCAAUUGAUACACAUGUGUGGCAGAUUGCCAAGCGUGAUUACAAAUACAUUGCUGUCAAUGAACCAAAAAGCAUCACAGAAAAACUUCACAAAGACAUAGGGGAUUUCUUCCGGAAGCUGUGGGGUCCUUAUGCUGGUUGGGCACAAUCUGUUUUGUUCUGUGCGGAUCUCAAGAAAUUCCAAAAGCUGAAAGAAAGACCUAAUUUGAAGAGGCCAAAGAAUGAGUUAGACGGUGAAAACAUGGUAACAUGUAAGAAACCAAAUAAUAAGACUGUAAAAAAUGCAACUGUUGUUAAACAUAAACUAAAUAAGGGACAGUUGAGCAGGUAGUAUAACAUACUUUUCUACAAUGUACAUUUAUGGUAUUAAUUAACCUGUCAUGAUAUUUUGUAAACAAAUUAGUUUCUAUGUAAACCCUUCUGUGUCUAAUUGUCCAUGAAUUUAGAAAUUCAGCACUGCGGUAACUUUUUUUUUUGUAGAUAUACAUGAAAUAGCUUUUACGCUGCUGUAUCGCCACAUGAUCACACACAGCUACUGAAA